AUGGUUAAUCAAUUAAUUCAUGAAAACUUAAAAUUUUUACAUUUAUUGUCAAAGACUAAAUCUAAAAGAAAAAGGAAAAGGCUUUUAAAAUUAUCAAAUAAUGAACAACUUUUAGCUUUAGCUGAAAUUUGUUUGAAUAUAGUAAAAGAGAGGUUCAAACUUACAACUCGCCAAAAGAAAAGAUUAUUACCUCAUGCCGAAUUUGUGCGAAGUAUGAGUAGGGUUAGGAGUGAACGAGGAGCAAGACAUGUUAUUAAUCAAAAAGGUGACGGAGUAGGAGUUUUUGCCGCUCUUUUGACACCAGUGCUCAUCGAAAUGGCAAGGAUGAUGACUAUAAAAGCCCCUGCUACAUCUUAAUAUAAAAU